AGAAUCGUGAGCAUGGAGGCCUUGCGCGACGACGUUCUUGCGCUGAUUCUGCAACACCUGGACCUGAAGGACCUCUUCGCCUGCCGCGUCGCGUGCAAGCGGCUCGCGACCGUGGCACUGCGGCCGGACGUGUGGCGACAUCGUCGGGUCCGCAGCGACUGCGGGCACUACAACCGGCCGUGGCUGCGCGCCGCGCUUCGUCUCGCCCCCUGCGUGCACGAGAUGAAGUUGAAGCUCGGGCCCGGCGAAGACGACUGCGACGGACUGUUGUACGACACCCGGUGCGCCGCUGUCGAGCUGUCUGUCGUCGUGCGCCGAGGCGGGGACGAUCACGCGUGGUGCACGAGGGCCGCCAGGGCGAUCCGCAACCAGGAGGCGCUGGGCCAACUGAGGCACUUGGAAUUGAGGCUGCCGGGGGUCGAUGGUUUCUUUGACGCACCCGUCGACUUGGACGACAGCGACAUUGACGACGCGGACCUGGAGGACGAGGCCGCGCUUGUACGGACGGCGCUGACGGUCUCGGGGCUGGAGAGCUUGAAGUUUUCGGAAUUGUCAUCGCCCAAGGUGGCUGAUUCCGUCCUGAAGGGGUUCGCAGUCCGUCGGAUGUCAACCCUCAAGCGCUUCGCCUGCCACCUGGACGGCCACUGUCACCUCUUCCGCGAGUAUAUUCUAGAGAAGAACGCGCCCACACUAGAGGAGGUCACCGUCCGCUGUUUCGAGCAUGAGAUACGGGACGGCUUCAGCCCCAUCGAUUUGUUGAUCAUGCGGACGGGGUCCCUGUUGGCCGGCAUGCCAAAGCUGCGCUCGCUGCACUGUAAUCUCACCAUCAUGGACGUACGUAGCUUGAGAUGUAAGCCCAUCGUCACUAGGUUCGUGCAGAAAGCCGGAGAGUUCCUCCUCCGCAGCGCCCAGCUGCGCAGUGUGAGGCUGCUGAUCAGCACGCCAUUUAAUUCUCUUUCUGGCCUUGAGCUGGUCGUGAUACUUUCGUCGACUGGAGAACCGCAGGCAGAAAUGCUCUCUGUCAGCCAAGGGUUGUUCACCUAUCUACGUGACCUGGCUAGCGCGCUCCCCUUGCUGCCGAACCUGCAGCACCUUCGGCUGGACACUGGCAUAGAGGUUGGCAUGGACGAGCUGCGGAAGCUGCUACGCACCAUCACCCCGAAGAAUGCCCCGGCCCUACAGAGCAUCGAGCUGGGAUCUCUCUUGAAGUGUCAUCACCACUACAUGCACGAGAAAUCUACCCUGAAGCUCCUAUCGACGAACCCGUCGCUCCAUGUGAAGUCGGGAACUCCUACGACUUGUCGGAGCGUUUCCGACCUCGGCAUGUGUGAGUUCUGUGCGCAGGGCUGCCACAGUGAGAUGUGGGGUGGCAACCGGCGUCUGCUUGUCGGGCUUUUCAUGCACCCUGUAGGCAAAUGCCCCUACCCAGAUGUCCAUCAACCGUCCCAGUAUUUGUGGGUCAGAUUGUAACUGGAAUAAUCAUCCUGUAUUGUUAUGAUCUACUUUGCCAACUAAAUCUAGUCUUGUUUAAGAAGUGUAAUUUUCAUAAUUUUCUGUAUGCUAUAUUUUGUUUUAAAGUAAAUAUUAAAGAUUCAAUGUCAUUUCAACUAAA